CCCUACAGGUUGGACACGUUGUGGUCGGAUCAGAUUUUGUUGUAGCCUACCUGGGAACGGACGGGGCUCACCUGAGAGUGAAGCGCGUCUCCAUUCGUGCUCUCAAAAGUCCGCCCGGGGGUUUCACUUUCCUGCGAGCCAUUAAUGAAAAAGGAGACAGACAGCGCACUUUGGCUGCGGAUAAAUAAUUAACCUGACUUACUCAAGCCGCAGUUUACAGAAGAGCUGGCAUGAGGAGCUGAGCCAAGCAGUAGCGGAGUGCGCCCUACUCGGGACAACAACAACACAAAAACAGGCCUACAGGUGUUUUUGUUUUAUUAUUUUUUUUGCUGUUUAAUGUCAUUUGAGCUGGAUACACUGCGCUGUAAUCAUGCUUGGAGCGGAGAGCAGACUGGAGAGCCGGUUGAAGAAGCUGGAGUCCCUGAUGAGGAACCAACAGUCGGCUCUAAACUUGGAAACUCUACUGGAUUCCAUGAAUGCAUUGGCUCAUGAUUUGAACUAUCCUGCCCUACGGAAAAACAAAAACAUAGAUGCCUUUCUGAACCGAUAUGAGAAGACGGUGAGUCAGCUGCGGGAGCUGCAGGUGAAGCUGGAAGAUUUUGAGAAAGUGAAGCUGAUCGGGAGAGGAGCCUACGGAGAAGUGCAGCUGGUCCGCCACAAGGCCUCUCAGAAGGUUUACGCCAUGAAGCGGCUCAACAAAUUUGAGAUGAUCAAGCGGUCAGACUCUGCCUUCUUCUGGGAGGAGAGGCACAUCAUGGCCUUUUCCAACAGUCCCUGGGUCGUCCAGCUGUGCUGUGCUUUCCAAGACGACCGCCACCUCUACAUGGUGAUGGAGUUCAUGCCUGGAGGCGACCUGGUCACACUUACCAUGAACUACGACAUGCCCGAGAAGUGGGCUCGCUUCUACACGGCUGAAGUGGUGCUGGCACUGAACGCCAUCCACUCCAUGGGCUUCAUCCAUCGUGACGUUAAACCCGACAACAUGCUGCUGGACCAACACGGACACCUCAAACUGGCAGAUUUUGGCACGUGUAUGAAGAUGGACUCGACAGGAAUGGUGCACUGUGACACAGCUGUAGGCACACCCGACUACAUCUCCCCUGAGGUGCUCCAGUCCCAGGGUGGUGAUGGUUUCUAUGGCCGGGAGUGCGACUGGUGGUCUGUCGGUGUCUUUAUCUAUGAGUUGCUAGUCGGUGAAACUCCCUUCUAUGCCGAGUCACUGGUUGGAACUUACGGGAAGAUCAUGAACCACAAGAACUCACUCAUCUUCCCAGAUGAUGUAGAGAUGUCUCAGGAUGCCAAAGACCUCAUCUGUGCCUUUCUUACUGACAGGGAGGUUCGUCUGGGCCGCACUGGAGUGGAUGAGAUCAAAUGUCAUCCAUUCUUCAAGAACAACCAGUGGACCUUUGACAACAUCCGAGAGACUGUGGCUCCAGUUGUGCCAGAGCUGAACAGUGACAUAGACACCAGUAACUUUGACGACAUAGAGGAUGAUAAAGGAGAUGUUGAGACCUUUUCUCCACCCAAAGCCUUUGUGGGCAACCAGCUACCGUUUGUCGGCUUCACUUACUUCAAGGAGGACCAGCUGCUGAAGGUAAAUAACAACUGCUCUGUGGAGGAUUCAGAGGACAGUAAGGAAAACGCUAAGGAUAAGGAGUAUUGCUCAGAGAGUAAUAAAGAGCUGCAGAAAAAGCUUCAUCAGCUGGAGGAGCAACGCGACCAUGACAUGCAGGCCAAAAAUGAGCUGGAGCAUAAGUGCAAAAACGCCACCAACCGUUUAGACAAGCUGGUGAAAGAAUUAGACAAGGAGAUGAGUAGCAGGCAGAAAGUCGAGGCCUCGCUAAGACAGCUGGAGAGAGAGCGAGCUCUGCUGCAGCACCAGAGUGCCGAGAACCUGCGCAAGGUGGAGAUUGAAGCUGACAGAAAACGCAGCCUGGAAAACGAAUUGAACAACCUGAGGGACCAGCUAGAGGAUCUUAGGAAGAAGAACCAGAAUUCACAGAUCUCCAAUGAGGAAAACAUCCAGCUGCAGAGACAACUGGAAGAGGCCAACGCCGUGCUCCAGGCCGAGCAGGAAGCGGCAGCGCGGCUGAAGAAGAGUCAGGCAGAGGCGCAGAAACAGGCUGAGAGCCUGGAGGUCAGCCUCAGGGAGAUGCAGGAAAAGUGCAGCCAGCUGGAAAACGGCAAGAUGGAGCUGGAGAAGCAGCUGAUGGGGCUGCAAGCCGAGCUGGAGGAGGAGAAAAGAGAUCGCAACCUUGGGACAGAAACUAUUACUGACCUGCAGGGACGUAUUUCUGGCCUGGAAGAAGAGGUGAAAGAGGUGAAGUCAUCUCUCUCCAAGGUCCAGGCUGAAAAGAAGCAGCUGCAGGAGAAGCUCAAUGACCUGGAGAAGGAAAAGAGCAACCAAGAGAUUGACUUGACGUUCAAGCUGAGGUCGCUCCAGCAGAGUCUGGAGCAGGAGGAGGCAGAACACAAGGCCACCAAAGCCAAGCUCGCAGAUGAAAACAAAACCUACCAGUCCAUCGAGGAGGCAAAGUCUGAGGCCUUAAAAGAGAUGGAGCGCACCUUGCAGGAGGAGCACAGCUUGAAGCUGCAGGUGGAGGGAAAGCUGCUGCAACUAGAGAAGACCCACUCCAUGCUGGACUGUGACUACAAGCAGGCACAGCACAAACUGGACGAGCUGCAGGCACAAAAGGAGAAACUGUCUGAAGAGGUAAAGAACCUGAGCUUGCGUCUGGAGCAGGAGAUCCACAAGCGGAGUCUGAGCCAGAGUGAUCUGAAGAUGCAGAACCAGCAGGUGUCAGUGCUCCGCUCGUCAGAGAAACAGCUCAAACAGGAGCUCAACCACCUGCUGGACAUGAAGCAGGCCCUGGAGAAACAGAACCAGGAGCUACGCAGGGAGAAGCAGGAGGCGGGUGGCCAGCUGAAGGAACUGAAGGACCAACUGGAGGCAGAGCAGUAUUUCACUACCCUUUACAAGACGCAGAUCCGUGAGCUGAAGGACGAGUGUGAUGAGAAGAAUAAACUGUGUAAAGAUGUGCAGCGGCGACUGGCAGAAUAUGAGGAGGAGAGAGAUUCCCUUACAUCCCAGCUGGAGGUCAGUUUGACAAAGGCGGAUUCUGAACAGCUGGCUCGCUCCAUCGCUGAGGAGCAGUACUCCGACCUGGAGAAGGAGAAGAUCAUGAAGGAGCUGGAGAUCAAAGACAUGAUGGCGAGACACAGGCAGGAGCUAAGCGACAAGGAGGCUACCAUCAGCUCGCUGGAGGAGUCCAAUCGCACUCUGACAGUGGAUGUGGCCAACCUGGCCAGUGAGAAGGAGGAGCUCAACAACCAGCUAAAAGAAAUGCAGCAACAGCUACAGAAAGCCAAGGAGGAGGAGAAGCAGAUGAACUCAGUAAAACUGAGCUUUGAAAGGCAGCUGCAAAAUGAAAGGACACUAAAAAUUCAGGCUAUCAACAAGCUGGCCGAGGUGAUGAACAGGAGAGAGACGAUACGAGGAGGCCACAGAGGCAUCGACACUGAGGUGCACAGGAAGGAGAAGGAGAACAGGAAGCUGCAGCUGGAGCUGAGAACGGAGAAGGAGAAACUCAAUAGCACCAUCAUCAAAUACCAGAGAGAGAUGACGGAGAUGCAGGCGCUGAUAGCAGAAGAGAACCAGGUGCGUCUGGAGCUUCAGAUGGCUUUGGACAGUAAAGACAGUGACAUUGAGCAGCUUCGUUGCCAGAUCACCUCCCUGAGUGUCCACUCUCUGGACUCCACCAGUAUCAGCAGUGGCAACGACCUGGACGUGGUUGACGGAUACCCAGUGCGCAUUACUCACUCCCACACCUCAGAAUCAAUGUCCUUCACGUACCAGCGCACACACAAAUCUGUCUGCAUCGACACCCGACCCAAUCUUCACUCGGCUCGCACUCUCUUUGACUCUGACUCUGACUCUGAGGAUGACGAAGAAUAUGAUGGGCGGGUGGAGCAGGGCAACCGUCCCCUGGCCCUCACCUACGAACAGCCCCCUGAGGCUGAACCCGAAGACUCCAGGUUGGCGGGCUGGAUUUCACUUCCCACUAAGAACACAAAGCGUUUCGGCUGGGACAAAAAAUAUGUAGUUGUGAGCAGUAAGAAGAUCCUGUUCUACAACAGUGAGCUGGACCGAGAGCAAGCCAACCCUUUCAUGACUCUGGACAUCGAUAAGCUGUUUCAUGUCCGACCUGUCACUCAUACUGACGUGUACCGUGCUGAUCCCAAAGAAAUUCCAAGGAUAUUCCAGGUCCUGUAUGCCAAUGAAGGCGAAAUUAAACGCGAACAGGAGGUUGUAGUGGAGCCCACGCCGCAUGGUGAUCGUCCCUCCUACAUCAGCCACAAGGGCCACGAGUUCAUCAUCACUCUCUACCACUUCCCAUCCAGCUGCGAGGCCUGCACUCGGCCCCUGUGGCAUGUUUUCAAGCCCCCGCCAGCCCUCGAGUGCCGCCGCUGCCACACCAAGUGCCACAAAGACCACCUGGACAGAAAGGAGGAAGUUAUUGUGCCCUGCAAGGUGAACUAUGACAUGUCCACUGCUAAAGAGCUGCUUCUGCUGACCAACUCUCAGGAGGAGCAGCAGCGCUGGGUCAGUCACCUCCUCAAACGCAUCCCGAGGAAACACCCAACAAUGAGUCCUCCCUCUGCGGCACAGAACACCCCUCCUGAAGCAACGUCACGUUCCUCUCCACGAGUCUCUCCGCGACCUUCUCCCAGGGGUUCGCCUCGUAUGUCGGCCCAUCGCGGAGCAAUCAAGAUCCAGCCCAGCCGACAGCAGCAGUCAUCAGGGAAGCCGAGCCCUGGCCCCAUGCUCCGUAUCAUCCUCCACUGACCUCUGACCUCUUCACUUCUGACCCCACCAUUCUAACGUCUCUCAUGCUGGGAGACUUUAACCCUGGCUGAUCAAAGAUGUGUAUUUUCAUCUUUGUGGAUUAAUGACCGCAGUCUGGACGCAGUGCCUACAUGUGUUAUUUUUUUCUGGGAAGUAGAAUAAAAAAAAAAAAAAAAUGCUAAUCAUGGACACAAAAUCACAGAAACUGGCUGUCGUCAUGAGAACUGGGACUGUCUUUGUCAUUUUAACAAGAGGAAAAUGAGCAGUAUUCAUAUUAGAGUGAGAUUUCAUCCGAAAACCUCAGCUCAACACUGGGUGAUUAAAGCUGCCUUAUUUUAUAAUCAUCAUGACAAAAACAUGGACAUUUUAUUCUGUCAGAUGGAGUGACUCACAUGGAUUUGUGUUUGUGAGGUGUUAGGCAUGUGUGUGAACAUUUGUAUAUAGGUUUAAGAGGUCUGUCUUUGUAUUGUAACACAAAGUGUAGCUCAUAGUAUAUGACUGUUUAUUUUUAUGGAUAUCACCAGCCCAAUAUAGUAUAUGCUUGUCCUGUAAAUUAAUACAGUUUUACUGAAUGAUUAUGAGUCUUGAUUUGAUCCAUUACAAUAUAAGUCAGAAUAUUGUGAAUUGAACAGACACGAUGUGUUUUCUUCUUACCAUUCAUGACUAGUUCAAAUAAAUUAUGUUACUCUGGAAAAUGAAUAAUUCAGGAUUUGUCUCAAUAUAUUGCCGUUAAGGAUUUGGUGUGAAAGCAGGCUUAAAAAAGCAUGACAUACAGCAUUCAGACUUGUGGCCCUAAUGAUUAAUUUUUUGCCUUGAGGCCUCAUUUGAAAGCUUUCAUUCUGGAUCUCACACAAAAAAUUCCCCUUCCAGUAUAACAUGGAUAUUGCAUCAAAAGCAGCAGAUAGGUGGUGAAUGAAUAUAUACUGUAGAAAUAGAAUCAAUUUUGAGUUUUUCUGGGUUUUUGAAAGGGAAGAAUAGAGGAUAACUGGUGUUUGAAUAUGAUUUCUCCACCCAAAUCUUCCCGGGUUGCACUGUACCUGAUCAGUGAGAUCAAGUUUACAAUUGAGCACAAAUAAUGAACUCAGUGUUUGAAUGGGCUUGGGGCCACUGCUAGUAUUAUCAUCUCAUAGGAGGGCCACUUUAAUGUUAAAGUACUACAAGAAAGUACAAGGAAGUGCAGUAUAGAUUACAUGAAAAUAUUUACGUUACUAAUAUCAUACUUAAAAAGGUAAACAGCUGUUUCUCUGCAGUUUUAUAUCAUUAGUUUAUAUAAUUAUUGUCCGUGGCCAAACAACAAAUGAAGGUCCGAAACCUGCUCUCUUCUCAUCAACACAUUUGUGGUUAUCUUUGACCUUUGCUAUUGUUUUUUUUUUUGUGCCAAAUGAAACAUUUUUAAAACUAGAAUUGUGUUUUAUUUAAAUUGUAUUGAAGGGGUAGCUUAAAUUGAUAUGAAACAACUAGAAUUACAUUAUAUUUUUGAUAUCAUGUUGUGGACCUAAGGGAGGGGGAUGGACGGACACUCCAGGCUGGCAGUUUGAGAGCCCUGCUGUCUAGUCUGUGCUAGCAUCACUAACAAUGUCAAAAGAUAAACAAUACCAAAAAACACAAUGAGCAUAAUGUACAGUCCUUUGCUGCAUAUCGCUGACUUUAAACCACAGAUGUGUUGCAUGGAACAGACGUGGAACACUGUAGUUAUCCUUUAGAGGUGUUACAUCUGACUACAGUGUAUUUUAGGACACUUUGAUCUACACCAGAAUAGGUCCGUCUCUAUCUUGCAAGUGCAUGUGGAGUGAGUGGGCUUGACUGAAAUAAAUCUUUCAGAACAGCCUAAAGCCAACUGGCACUCAUCAUACAUAAUGUAAUGGUUCAUCAUGUUGCCCAUCUGCUAAAAUCGUAUUUCAUACCGCAGGUCUAAUCCAUUCUCGCUAUCAGCUGUGUGACUGUAUGUUCUGGUUAAAUAACCAUGAAACCUGCUGUACCUGCCUGCUGCACCGACCUCAGGUGGCACGCAGCCUUCUCCUGCUGUUUCUCCUCCUCAUCGAGAAUAAACACUCAUUCUGUUA